CACGGCGCACCGAGUCCACAGUCCACACCACACCACACAAGCCAAGGAAAUUCCCCACCGCGAUGCCUCUCCGCCGCCGCCUCCUAGGUCUAUCUGCCGCCGUCUCCGGCGGUCUCCGCCGCUCGCUCGCGACGGCCGCCGCGCACCCCCCGUGGGUCAUGCUCAACCGCGAGGCGCAGGUCAUCGGAGCGUGGAGCGCGGCCGCGCGCCUCGCCGAGCCGCCGCACGUCUCCGAACUGCGCCUCCCGGAGCACGUCAUCGAGGCCUUCCCCGCCCCCGACAGAUACGUCCUGCAAUUGCGCGCCGGCGCCAUCUCCGGCGCGAGCGGCGACGGCCUCCUCUUCCUCUCCGUCCUAAACGCACGCUUCACCCCUCCCGCCGCCGGCGAGCAGCCCGCCGUCCUCGAGCACGCCCACGCGCCCCGCGUCACACGCCUCGUCUGCAACCCUCUCACCCGCGAGCUAUCCCGCCUCCCGGACUUCGUCUCCGACCCCAAGUACGAUUUCGUGCUCGCCGCCCAGAUGGCCAUGGGCGUGCUCACCCAAGCAGACCGCGGGCAGGGGCCGCCUGACAGGUUCGUCGCUGCCUUGCUGAACGGGGAGCAGAUGCUCCGGUUUCGUUCGGAAACAGGGGAGUGGGAGGCCGUGGCGCUCUCGCCGUGCUUUUUCCCACUUCCGCGGCCGCGGCGAGUGACGCUGGACCAGGAGACGCUGGCAUUCGGCGGUCGCCUCUGGUGGGUCGACCUGUCCUGGGGCGCACUCUCCGCCGACCCUUUCAGCGACCGGCCGGAGCUCUCCUUCGUCCAGCUGCCGAGGGGCAGCGUGCUGCCUGAAGGCGCGCAGGACCAAGCGAGGAGCUUGGGUGUCAACACACCUUUCAAGUACCGGCGCAUGGGUGUCAGCCAAGGGCGGCUGCGCUACGUCGAAGUCUCUCGGGAGGAACCGUUCCUUCUCAGCUCCUUCGUGCUCGACGACGAGGGCAGCGGCUGGAUGCAGGAGCACCGGGUGGUGCUCAACAAGCUCUGGGCGAGCCACAUGUCCCUACCCUUACAGCAGGGGGCGACGACACGCAUUGUCCUCAUUGACCCAGUUAAUGCCAAUGUCGUUUACCUCGCAGUUGACACGCUAGCCGUCGUCGCCGUGGACAUGGACAGGGAGGAGGUGAUUGGGAGUUAUCCAUACAGCGACACCGCCUGCAUACCAUGUGUUCUUCCACCUUGGCUCGGAUCAAGCCGGAUCCCUUCUGCAGGAGGCAAGAAGUUCGUUUGGAAAAACAAGACUCUGGUAGAUGUCCAAGUUUAUUCUGACAGCUACUACAAAAGAUGAAGGUUUCUUAAAACUAAAAGAUGCUGAUGCCCUAAUCAAGUAGGAAGCUGAUGGUGGUAGUAGCUUACUGAUGCCGGGGGGAG